AUGCAUAGCCAUACUCACCAACUUUACUCUGCUUCUUCUUACUAUUCUCUUUAUACUUUCAGUUUUCAGCUUGUAGAUUUUCAUUUCUCCUGCUAUUGAGAACAGAAGUGGAGUAAAUGGAUGCAAUUUUGAAUCUUCAAACAGUACCGUUAGGAACUGCUCUUACAAUAGGUGGUCCAGCAGUUGCUCUUGGUGGGAUUUCACUAUGGUUCCUUAAAGAGUAUGUUAAUGAUCAAAAGAGGAAAUCUUCUAAUUUUCUCCCACCUUUGCCAGAGGUUCCAGGAUUACCAGUGAUUGGGAAUUUACUGCAGCUUACUGAGAAAAAACCCCACAAGACGUUUACAAAUUGGGCUGAAACCUAUGGACCAAUCUAUUCCAUCAAAACCGGCGCCAAUACAAUUGUUGUCCUCAAUACUAAUGAGCUUGCCAAGGAGGCUAUGGUGACUAGAUAUUCAGCCAUCUCAACAAGAAAGUUAACAAAUGCAUUAAAAAUCCUUACUUGUGACAAGAGUAUAGUCGCAAUAAGUGAUUAUGAUGAGUUUCACAAGACAGUGAAGCGCCACGUACUGACCAGUGUUCUAGGACCAAAUGCUCAGAAACGCCACCGUAUCCACAGGGACACUUUGAUAGAAAAUGUAUCUAAGCAACUGCAUGAUUUGGUUAGGAAGUAUCCUAAUGAAGCAGUAAAUCUCAGGAAGAUAUUCCAGUCAGAACUUUUUGGCUUGGCACUGAAACAAGCUUUGGGCAAGGAUAUCGAGUCUAUUUAUGUGGAGGGACUCGAUGCCACAUUGCCAAGAGAGGACGUACUGAAGACCUUAGUACUUGAUAUAAUGGAGGGUGCAAUUGAUGUGGACUGGAGAGAUUUCUUCCCCUAUCUAAAAUGGGUUCCUAAUAAAA